AUGUUCUUCACUGGGGCACUGUGGAGGCCUGAGCUGAUGCAAGCCCGCGAGCUCAACCUUCAGUUCAAUCAGACGGUCGAGCUGGAUGAGGUUGUCCGCCAGCAAGGGGAGUCGGAGAAGGCAUUCCGUCAGGCGCUGGAUAACCUUCGGAUGAAUGAGGCCAAGGUGGAGGACUGGCGACUGUGCGCUUCUCAAAUAGCCAUUCAGUCUGAGCCUUCUUAA